AUGCUAAGCAGCAAACUCCCACGCAGCGAGCCCCCUGGUGUUUCCUGCAGCAGCAGCAGCAGCAGCAGCAGCAGCAGCAGCAGCAGCAGCAGCGACUGCAUAUCAUCCCGCAUGCUGCAGACGCAGCAGCAACAAAUGCAGCAGCAGCAGCAGCAAGCGCAGCAGCAACGCAAGCUGCAGCAUCAGAAGCGUUGCCAGCAGCUGCAGCAACUCUCGGCGCAGCGGCGCAGCGUCAAGCGCUGCAGCAGGAACACCUGCGCCAGCAGCAGCAGCAGCAGCAGCAGCAACAGCAGCAGCAGCAGCAGCAUACGCGUUAGCUCCGGCGGAUGCAGUCUGCGCCAAGCAGCAGCAGCAGCAGCAGCAACAGCAGCAGCAGCAGCAGCAGCAGCAGCGGGUAUGGAAAGACGGAAAGGGGCCGCUGUUGCGCCGUUGAAACAGCAAAAGGAACGCAACUGUCUCACAAUGAUAAGGCGCCGCUGCAUGCCACAGCAGCAGCAGCAACAGCUGCAGCAGCAGCAGCAGCAGCAACAGCAGCAGCAGCAGCAGCAGCAGCGUGUUACCUUGCGUCAGGAGAGCCGUGUGGAAUUUGGCCACCCGGCGGAGGUUCAGCAGCGCCUGCGUCUGCUGCCGCCAGUCAGCUUUGCUGCUCUCCUGCUGCAGCUGCGGCAGCAGCACUUCCACCACGUAGCGGGCAGGAGGCGGGCUGUCAAAGUCCUGCAGCAGCAGCAGCAGCAGCAGCAGCAACAGCAGCAGCAGCAGAAGCAGCAGCAGAAGCAGCAGCAGAAGCAGCAGCGGCAGCAAUUGACGACGGUAAGGGCAAAUGUUACAGCUGCGGCGGCGUACAGUAGCAGCAGCCAUAGCAGCCGCAGCAGCAGCAGUACAGUUAGCAGCAGCAGCAGCAGCAGCAGCAGACGGCAGCAACAGCAGCUCCAACAGCUCCCGAAAUACCAUUAG